UAAAAGCAUCUCUCAGUGUGUAACAUUAUAAUAUUUAGAUGUGUUCCUGUGUGUUUCUAACCAGGAGCUGGAACACAAAGUCAUCACUCUGAUAAAGAAUGAGCUGAAGAGGUUUAGGAAGCUCCUGAGUCCGGAUUACCCAACAUGCCCUGAGAGGGAGGUGGAGGAUGAGGAGGAUCUGCACAGUGUCAGAGAGGGAGCGCUGAAGAUCACACUGCGUGUCCUGAAGAACAUGAACCACACAGAUCUCGCUAACACACUGCACAACAAACUCGCCUCUAUGUAUCAGACAGAGCUGAAAUCCAGCCUGAGAGAGAAAUUUAUAAGAAUUAAUGAAGGAAUCUCACAGCAUGGAAGCUCAGCACUUCUGAAUGAGAUCUAUACAGAUCUCUACAUCACAGAGGGUUGGAGUGGAGACGUCAAUAAUGAACAUGAGGUGAGACAGAUUGAGACAGCGUCCAGGAGACCAGCAACACAGGAGACACCCAUCAAAUGUAACGAGCUCUUUAAAGACAAGUCCAUCAGAAGUCUUCUGACUAAAGGAGUUGCUGGAAUUGGAAAAACAGUCUCUGUGCAGAAGUUCAUUCUGGACUGGGCUGAAGGAAAAGCAAAUCAGGACGUCACCUUCAUGUUUCCACUUCCUUUCAGAGAGCUGAAUCUGAUGAAGCAGAGAAAUCUCAGUCUGAUGGAGCUUCUUCAUCACUUUUUCCCAGAAAUGAGAAAACUAGAAUUACUAGACUCCUACACAGUGGUGUUGAUCUUUGAUGGUCUGGAUGAGUGUCGACUUCCUCUAAAUUUCCAGAAGAAUGAGAGAUUGUGUGAUGUGACAGAGUCAGCCUCGGUGGAUGUGCUGCUGACAAACCUCAUCAAGGGGAAUCUGCUUCCCUCUGCUCUCCUCUGGAUAACCUCUCGACCAGGAGCAGCCAAUCAGAUCCCUCCUGAGUGUGUAGACCAGGUAACAGAGGUACGAGGCUUCAGUGAUCCUCAGAAAGAGGAGUACUUCAGGAAGAGGAUCAGUGAACAGAGCUUGGCCGAUAAAAUCAUCACACGCAUGAAGUCUUCAAGAAGCCUCUACAUCAUGUGCCACAUCCCAGUCUUCUGCUGGAUCUCAGCCACUGUUCUAGAGAGAAUGUUGGGUGAAGCAGAGAGUGGAGAGGUCCCCAAGACUCUGACUCAAAUGUUCACACACUUCCUGAUCUUUCAGAUCAAACACAAGGACCAAAAGUACCAUCAGAAAUGUGACCCUGAUCCUCAGCAGACCAGAGAGAGUAUCCUGGCACUGGGGAAACUGGCUUUCCAACAGCUGGAGAAAGGAAACCUGAUCUUCUAUGAGGAAGACCUGAGAGAGUGUGGCAUUGAUGUUGGAGAAGUGGCAGUGUACUCAGGAGUGUGUACCCAAAUCUUCAGAGAGGAGUUUGGGCUUCACCUGGGGAAGGUGUUCAGCUUUGUACAUCUGAGUGUUCAGGAGUUUCUGGCUGCUUUAUACACAUUUCUCCGCUUUAUUUUUAGGAAGACAAAUGUGUUAGUGGAGCAACGCAUUGGACUUUUCCAUUUCUUCAGCAAGUCAACCAUGUCUGAUUUCCUCAGGAGUGCAGUGGACAAGGCCUUACAGAGUGAGAAUGGACACCUGGACCUGUUCCUCCGCUUCCUUCUGGGUCUCUCACUGGAGUCCAGUCGGGCUCUGUUACGAGGCUUAAUGCCACAGACAGGAAGCAGCUCUCACAGCAAACAGGAAACAGUCGAGUACAUCAAGGAGAAGAUCAGGGACAAUCCAUCUCCAGAGAAAUCCAUCAAUCUGUUCCACUGUCUGAAUGAACUGAAUGAUCAUUCUCUAGUGCAGGAAGUACAGACUUACCUGAACAGAGAAGAGAACUUUUGUCUCAGGGGAACCAGACUCUCUCCUGCUCAGUGGUCAGCUCUGGUGUUUGUGUUACUGAACUCAGAUCAGGAGCUGGAUGAGUUUGAUUUGAGGAAAUAUGACCCAUCAGAGGAAUGUCUUCUGAAGCUGCUGCCAGUGGUCAAAGCCUCCAGAAAAGCUGAGCUGUGGGAGUGUAAUCUGACAGAGGAAAGCUGUAGAGUUCUGUCCUCAGUUCUCAGCUCAAACUCCUCCAGACUGAGAGAACUGAACCUGAGACACAAUAACCUGCAGGAUUCAGGAGUGAAGCUGCUCUCUCCUGGACUGGAGAAUCCACACUGUACACUGGAGACACUGAGGCUGUGGGGAUGUAAUCUGACAGAGGAAAGCUGUAGAGUUCUGUCCUCAGUUCUCAGCUCAAACUCCUCCAGACUGAGAGAACUGGACCUGAGUGAGAAUAAACUGCAGGAUUCAGGAGUGAAGCUGCUCUCUGCUGGACUGGAGAAUCCACAAUGUACACUGGAGAUACUGAGGCUGUGGGGGUGUAAUCUGACAGAGGAAAGCUGUAGAGUUCUGUCCUCAGAUCUCAGCUCAAACUCCUCCAGACUGAGAGAACUGAACCUGAGUUACAAUAACCUGCAGGAUUCAGGAGUGAAGCUUCUCUCUGCUGGACUGGAGAAUCCACACUGUACACUGGAGAUACUGAGGCUGUGUGUGUGUAAUCUGACAGAGGAAAGCUGUAGAGUUCUGUCCUCAGUUCUCAGCUCAAACUCCUCCAGACUGAGACAACUAAACCUGAGUCACAAUAACCUGCAGGAUUCAGGAGUGAAGCUGCUCUCUGCUGGACUGGAGAAUCCACACUGUACACUGGAGAUAUUGAGGCUGCGGGAGUGUAAUCUGACAGAGGAAAGCUGUAGAGUUCUGUCCUCAGUUCUCAGCUCAAACUCCUCCAGACUGAGAGAACUGGACCUGAGUGACAAUAACCUGCAGGAUUCAGGAGUGAAGCUGCUCUCUGCUGGACUGGAGAAUCCACACUGUACACUGGAGACACUGAGCAUGUAUAAAUGCAGUAUUACAGAUGAACUGAGGUCAAACUCCUCAUCACACCUGAGAGAACUGGAUCUGAACUGUAAUAAUCCAGGAGAAUCAGGAGUGAAGCUGCUCUCUGAUCUACUGAAGCAUCCACACUGUAAACUGGAGACAUUAUACAUUAACUAUAAUAAACUCACCAGGACAGGCGUAUGACAGGAGUCUCACCUCAAACCUCUUCUCCAGGAUAAAGCAGUUUUGGUGAAGAGUUAGAAUCCGUCCCACAUUUCCAGCAGUUUGGAGGUGAAUCAUUAAACUUAAAAGGACAGAGCGGAUACAAAGUCAAGAACAGGCAGAACGUCAUACACAGGAGAAAUCAACACACGUAACGAAAUAUCUGCUGUAACACCAAAAGUAUUUGACCUCCAUUUAUACCAGUUCCUGAAGGUACUUGGAGACUGUGGUCAUUCACCGUAGGACCAAUUGCACUGACUCAGUAGCAAUACUACCUCCUGGCACUUUAGUGUAUUGUAAGAAUCAUUUUCAUGGUUGCCGUAAGAUUCAGGAUGUCUGGUGCUCCACUUUGUUUGAGAUUGUGGCCUACAUUGAUGAAGUGGGAACGCUGUAUAAGAUCAGACCACAUGGAGAAGAUGGCCCCAUUAAAACUGUCCAUUGCUCAGAACUUAAGCCUGUUCUUACCUGGCAAUAAUAUGCCAGGUAAACCAAUGGGUCAGGUCUACUGGCCCUUUCCAGCCCCAGGAGUGAGUAGAGCCAGAAAGACCUAGAAUUGGAGAUUAUUCACAAGUGGCCAUAGUCCACACGAGAACGGGUGUAAGGAACUCUGAGGGUCAAGUCCACGUUGAUUCUAGUUCUCAGCCCUCAGUGCUUCAGUCUAGUCCAACAGGGGUACAAAAUGAUUAUAGGUUCAUCUUUAGCGUCUCAACCCCAGGUGACCACACGAGAGCAAGAGUUGAAUUUAGAAACUUCUCUAGAUCUUCAUAUAGCUCAGUCACUUGAUCAGUCAGGAAUGGGUUUAGUUUCUAGGACAUCCUUUAGGCAUUCUACUCAUGGGACUUUCAGUGUUCACCUGGAUGGUGAUCAUUAAAGGUAGGGGUGAAUUUGGCAAAGUUGGUUGGAGGCGCUAUUGCGCAUGCCCACUAGAGGGUGCACUGAUUCUUUAUACACAUCACUUCCUGUCUAUAGAACCAUAUCCAGUGCUUGAAUCCUUUGCUACACUGUGAUUGUUGGUUGCUGGAAGAACAAGUUCUGUUGACAGCAAAUGUGUGUUAUAAAUGUGCCAACGCCAUUUAUACCUACCUGGACAGGCUAUUAUUUUGGGGGCUUGGUAGCGUGUGGUCAUAAUUUGUCUGCAUCGCAUUGAUUGUGUGUGGGUGUGAAGACGAAAAAAAUACCAACAAUACCAUCAAACCCGUAUGUGCUUGUUGAAUAUCCCAUUAUAGAUUUAGUCCCCCUUUGCUGUUAUAAUAACCUCCACUCUUUUAAAUAAUCUUUAAACUUUAUUUUGGAGCAUGGCCUUUGGGAUUUGUGCAUUUGAGCAUGCAUUUCACCUCCUGAAGAGGAGACUAAAGGGGGAAACCCCUCCCAACAAGCAACAAUUUGGUGAUAUCAGUGGAUCGCUGCCUGAUUAUUUAUUGCAAGGAAGGGAUAUGCAACCAAAUAGUCUUCAAGGAAAUCAAAGUAAAUAACACUAUCUGUUCCAAUAUUUUUGCUCACCUCAAAAUGUUCUAAGGUGUUUAACACAUCUAGAUGUAUAUAUCAAUAAAUUAAAGCUUCAAUUUUGA